AUGCCAAAGAUCAAAAUAAAGAAUCCCAAAGGGCCCGAAAAGAGUCAGGAUGAGCCACAGCGUAAAAGAAUCAAGGUUAAAACAAAACCUCAUGGUGAAAGUGCCAAAACCGGCAGUUCAUUAAAGGUUAAGCUUACAAAAAAAGACGAGAAAUCAGAACAACAAGCUGCAAGCUCUGCCCCAAUGAAGCUGAAAAUCAAUCUUACCAGUACGGAGAACUCGAGUCCGGCAGCUUCCGUGACCCCAAAAGCCCCAAGGUUCAGAAUCAAGCCAGUACGGGUACCUGGUGAGGGCUACGAUUCAGAAGCUUCGGACAUUGAAGAUGACCCGUUAGUCGAGGAUGGUAUCAUACUUCGAGUUUUAUCAGAUGUGAGAACUGAGUUUGUCAAAAGCUGUAUAGAGAGUGGGGAUUUUUCGGGAUUAAGUCUAAAAUGGAAGGGAGAAAGACAUGCCGUAGUGAGAAUUAACGGUCACCAAUACGGGGCCGUACUCGUUAAUUUGCCCACCAUUAUUGAGGUGAAUAAGAGUCUUGACCGCAAAAACCUUUUGAAAGCUUUCGAUGUCUCACAAAUGCUGCUCUGCGUGAAAACCAUUGAGCAUGAGGAGGAUGUAUUUUCGCUGAUACCGCCUGAUUGUGAAGACCUGGUUACAAAACAUUAUACCGACUAUAAAACUGAGAUUGAAGACUGCAAAAAGACUAUUACACGGGGAUUCAACGGUGGACCCCUCACCGAUGCGGAGGCUGGUCAUAUAGAACAAAUUGUCAAGAAGGGUUAUGAUUAUAUGCACGGUAUAACGCCGCCGCUUUACAAUGUGCGGAAUCGCAGAUUCCGCCGUAGGCUGGCGAUUCAGGAAGUCAAUUAUGUUGAAAAAGUUGUUGAGCACUUGUUAAAGCAAGAUGAUGAUGCUGAAGACUUUUCGUAUGAGUUGGUCGAAGAAGACGUUUUGGAUAGAAGAUCUGCCAGCAAUGAGCCAAGAAGAAAAUCCAUAGAUAGUGGCUCGGAUCUCUUUGGUGAAGAUGACCACGAGGAUCUGGAAAUGGAGUUGGAACAAGCCUUGCAAGAAGACAGACAAGUACCUGAUCACAUCCCCAAGGAAAUUCGGGAGCAAGCUAUUGAAGAAACUGGCGAUGACGUGGAACAAGACAAUGGCGACGACGACGACGAAGAAGAAGAAGAAGACGAGGAAGAUGAAGAAGACGAAGAAGACGAUGAGGUUGAAGAGGCAGGCGGGGAUGGAAUUGAGUCUAGUGUGGUUUCCAACAUUGCGAAACCGUCGGUUAAUGAAGAACAGCAACACAGUGAACUUUUGAAAGAUGAAUUGGAGGAGUUGGAGACCACAUUACAGCAGACUAGACAAAAACUAGAGAAGGCUACGAACCCACUGUUGAAAUCAAGAUUCAUUGAGAGUAUCAAAAAACUGGAAAAAGAGGCAGAACUUAAAAGGAAACAACUCAAAUCAAGUGGGGAUCUGGCUCCUGGUCGCUCCGGGAGCGCUGCUGAUAAUGAGGAGGAAGGGGAUGACGAAGAUGACGACGACGAGGAUGAAGACGGCGAGGAUGAGGAUGAAGAUGAGGAUGAAGAUGAGGAUGCGUCAAACACGAUGAAUGGCAGGAAUGCAGAUAAUGGAAGUCAUAAGGCUAGUGAUGAAUUGGAUCAAGACGAUAUGGAUAUGAUGAUGCUUUUUGGUGGUGAAGGAGACGAAGGUGACCACUAA